ACAAGUCCCUGCGACAAGACAGGAAAAAUACAAUCGCUACCAACCAAAGUGCCAUUUGACUUAAUAUUGAAAGCGUCCCUAUAAAAUGUAUUAAUAUAACCGAUACAACAACUAGAACAACAGACCACAAUUGCAUCCACCUAACAACCAUCGCAUGUAAUGUACUGCUGUAUUGUAACGGAGACUAGUGCUGCUAAUAACCACCUCUUGUCUCUGGAAGACCCGACUUGUACUCUAUCAUCUGCUACCAAGAAAGGCCCAACCCUUCAUCUCACUCACCACUCUAUGAUAGGCUGCGGAUACCUUCACUGAAUGGCGCUUCCUGGCGGACCGGUGUGCUGUGCGGAGAAGGGACCGGAAGUAGAAUUGAGAACUUUCAACAAGACUGCAGUCUCUGUUUAAUAUCGUAUAGGUUGUGUCUAUGGUCCUCUCCACGAAGCAGGUUUAGCUAGUUCAAGUUCGGAACAUGGGACCCUCUGAGUUACCAUAACUGAACUGCUUCAGGCCAUCAUUAAAUUGGAUCAGAGCAGUACCCGUGUACCCACGCAGGCUCGCUCCGCUUGCCACAGUGUCUACAAAGAUGUCUUCAGAUUCUAAGAAGAGGAAACCAAAAGUGAUCCGGAGUGAGGAAGGAAAGAGAAGCCGUCAUGAAGAGCAGGAGGGUAGAUAUUACAGUGAGGAAGCUGAAGUGGAUUUACGAGAUCCAAAGAAGGAUUACGACCUCUACAAGGAAACCUGUGAAGAUCUGCAGAAACUUAUGGCUGAAAUCCAGGAUCUUAAAAGCAAGGGCAGCAAAGAUGCAGCUGCAGAGAUUGAAGAAAAAAAAAUCCAGAGUUGUGUGCACUUUAUGACCCUAAAGAAACUUAAUCGCCUGGCUCACAUUCGCCUAAAGAAGGCUCGAGACCAAACCCAUGAGGCCAAACAGAAGGUGGAUGCAUAUCAUCUGCAGCUGCAGAACUUGCUAUAUGAAGUCAUGCAUCUUCAGAAGGAGAUCACAAAGUGUCUGGAAUUCAAGUCAAAACAUGAGGAAAUUAAUCUGGUGAGUGUGGAAGAAUUUUACAGAGAAGCUCCUCCAGAGAUCAGCAAGGCAGACAUUACUUCCAGUGACCCCCACCAGCAAACACUAGCACGUCUGGACUGGGAGCUUGAACAGAGGAAAAGGUUAGCAGAGAAGUACAAGGAGAGCUUGGCCAGUAAGGAGAAGAUUCUGAAGGAGAUAGAAGUCAAGAAGGAAUAUUUGAGCAGUCUGCAGCCACAGCUCCACAGCAUUAUGCAGGCCUCAUUGCCAGUACAGGAAUACCUGUCCAUGCCCUUUGACUGCAUGCAUAAACAGUAUGAGAUAGCACGCCAUCUCCCUGCACCACUGUACGUGCUGUUUGUGCAGGCCAGCGCCUACAGCCAGGCAUGUGCCCAUAUGAAGAGUUACUCCCAGUCCUAUAGGCAGGACAAGAAGCUUGUGGUCACCAUUGAAGGAAGUGUAGAAGAGGCAAAAGCUUUAUUUAAACCUCCUGAAGAUUCCCAAGAUGAUGAAAGUGAUUCAGAUGCAGAGGAGGAGCAAACAACGAAGCGGCGACGCCCAACACUUGGGGUUCAACUGGACGAUAAGAGGAAGGAAAUGUUAAAGAGGCAUCCAAUGUGUGUUUCCCUUAUAAUUAAGUGCAAAGAUUGCAGCUCUCUAUAUUUGACUUUCUACUUCCUUAUGAACCUCAACAUACUCACUGUAAAGGCAAAGGUCACACCAGCAUCUGAAUUGGUAAAUGCCAUCAGUGCGGGCGAUCUGCUGAACCCUGAUUCAGUUCUCCGGUGCCUCUACACUGGAGAUGAUGGCAAGAGAACCCCAAAUCCAGCCAAUCGAUACCAGUUUGAUAAAGUGGGAAUCUUGGACCUGAGUGACUAUAUAUCAGAUGUCGGACACCCUUACCUAUGGGUACAGGCAAUGGGUGGACUGCAUUUCCCAACAGACCAACCGCAGCUUGCUGUCAUAGCAGACAACGCUCUCAGUGCCAGUCACAUGGAGAAGACCAUUAAGUUGCUGCGGUCCCGGCUACUGUCUCGGCUGUCUUUGCACAAACAAUUUGCAUCUCUGGAACAUGGCAUCAUUCCGAUUUCUGGAGAUUGUCAAAAUCUAGUCCCUGCCAAGGUGGUAUCACGGUUGAGUAGGUGGAGCAUGAUGACAUAUGAGGAUUAUCUGGUGCUGCCUUAUACAAAGAAUGUUGUGGAGGGUGGACUAGCUCAGGAAACUGAUCAUUAUUACUCCCUGAUGAUCGAGAGAGGAACAGCCAAGCUUCAUGGAGCAGUGGUACUUAAUCCAGGAUAUUGCUCAGUUCCACCAUUGUUCAGUCUUUGCCUCAAUUGGAAAGGCAAUCGCAGCUCCAGAAAUGAUGAAAACAUCCGGGUUAUGGAGAGUGAGAUUAAUGUCUACUACAAGGAGCUCUCUGGGCUUUCUCCAGGGUUUCAGAUGCUGACAAAUCAAAUUCAGAGAUUGUGCAUGCUGCUGGAUGUCUAUUUGGAAACUGAAUGCCAUGACAACAGUGUUGAGGGACCGCAUGAAUUUCCUCCAGAGAAGAUAUGUCUGCGAUUAGUCAGGGGACCAAGCCGUAUGAAGCCUUUCAAGUAUAAUUAUCCACAAGGAUUCUUCAGCCACCGCUGAUAUCUUGAUUUUCCCCAAAUUGUUUCCUUUAUGCUUUUGUAGUCUCUUUCCACCAAACACCAUGUUACCUUUACCCUACUGUGUCAUAGAUUGAAAUAAAAUAUUUCCCAACUGUGA